CACCGAUCGGUUUGCGCCUCGCACGAUAACUCCCAGAACCUGCAUUGCCGGGGACAAUGAUUUUGGUGGCUGGCCCACGAACACAGUAUGGCAUUUGAGGUGUCGUACAACCUCGAGAAUGAGCAACAGUUCUGGGAUGAGCUCGACGACAUUGUGUCGACACGAUGUCGGGACGAAGAGACCAUCGACAACUCUCUGCGCGCAUUUCUCAACGUCACCACAAGCUACAGAUCCGAGUACCUCGAAACCGACUACAGCGUUGCAAAAUGCAUCUUUCGCAUGUUGGAGGGCGAGCUCUUCAUGACACAUAAGGAGUAUGUGCGCCGGCAGAUGAUAUAUUGUCUUCUCCAGGAAGAAGAUAACCCCACCAUUCACAUCGUUGCAGCUCUUCUCCUAUACGAUGGCCGUAACAGUGGAGAUGAUAUCAUCUUCGAGAUGAUGCACACAGAAGGCAGUUUCCCAAGAUUGGUGGGAUUAGUACAAUUGGAGGGCGUGCAAGAAGAUACAAGAUUACAUCAAAUGCUCUUGGAACUUCUGUACGAGUCUUCUCGAGUGCAGAGGCUUGACUGGGAAGACUUCGCGGCGGUAGACGACAACUUUAUACUAUAUCUUCUAGGGAUCAUCGAAGGUGCUUCUGAUGAUGCUGACGAUCCGUACCAUUAUCCAGUCAUUCGAGUUCUGCUGGUCAUGAACGAGCAAUAUCUGGUAGCUUCCACCAGUCAUCACAAGGACGGCCGUCCUCCAACAACAAAUCGGUUGAUCAAAGCAUUGUCGAGUCAUGGCAUGACAUACAAGACAUUCGGAUGUAACCUGAUUCUCCUCUUGAACCGAGAGUCGGAAACUUCACUUCAACUCCUGAUUCUCAAGGUCUUGUACCUUCUCUUCGGCAAUCUUUCGACCGCAGAGUACUUCUAUACAAACGACCUGCAUGUCCUGAUCGACGUUAUUCUUCGGAAUCUCAUCGACCUUCCUCACGAUUCGACUGCGGCCAACGCUCUACGACAUACGUACCUGCGGGUCCUCCAUCCUAUCUUGACAAACAGUCAAAUCAGCAAGCCUCCGCACUACAAGCGUGAUGAUAUCCUUCGGCUCCUCCACCUUCUUGUAACGAGUGGCAACCACUUCGCGCCUGUAGAUGACACAACUCAACGGCUUGUCAUACGGUGCACCAGCGUGCCAUGGUUGCAACCGCCGGCCGCAAGAAACCAGCAUGGUUCUAGUGGUAACGACAGUACGACGUCACCCAUCGAUCACGUCGCGAAUGGUCAGAAGGAAUUGGCGCGCCGAGCUCUGAGCAUGAAUCUACAGGACGGAGGCGAAAGCUCAACGAGCGUUCUCGAGAUUGCAUCUCACACGGAAAAGCCUGGAGUCCAGACGCCCAGCAUCACACAUCCAGAUCAGGCAUCCUAGGGCCCGGACAUACGUCACACCUCGACAUACGCGUCGCAGCCGUCAUCUCACUCCCCUUCGCAGGUCGAAUGCUGGCAUUGGUAGCGCAACUUUCUACCCCUCAGCAUGACUGCAUAGCUGGCGUUUCGGGUCCACACACGAUGAACAGCCCUUUCAUUCAGCGAGUUUCCGGUCUUCAUGCGCAUCUUGCAUCGCUUGCUGGUGCACUGGUUUUGGUCGCACGUAUAUUCCAUAUAUCCCAAAUUAUUCUUAUAUACUAAUGGAUCGUUUUUGGC